CUAGAGCGAGGAAGAGAUGGAGAGAGAAAGGGAAGUAUGGAGGUGUCCGACGCUGCAGGAAGCCGUGAGUCAGCAGGGAGAGAAAGACCCAGUGGGAGGGAAGACAGAGAGAGUUUAUAGAUAGCUUUGGGUGAUACGACUGGAGAGACUGGCGUCAAAUGCCUCCCGGUGUGUUCGUGAACGUGCGUGUGCACGCGCUUAUCGAUUGAGCAGAGAAGGUCAUGGAGCUGAGAGGAGAUUAGCAAACUAGACUCGGAGCACAGCGGCAGAGCUAACGCCUCCUCUGAAUAGCAGCUAGACAUAAAGAGAAGAGCCAAAAGAAAAUAGAGACAGGGAGAGACAGAGAAGGCAAAGGACGAGAGGAGCUGCUACAGCAUGGGGGAGAGCUAUAUGUACCGGCGACUCCCCUACACCAGAGGAGGGGAGGAGGGGGAGGAGGAGGACGAAGAGGAGAGAGACGGGAGGAUCAGAGAAGGUGUCGGGGCACAAAUGAUGCAGUGUGAGGAGGGGACAGAGUGGCUGCUGGAGCUGCUGACAGAUGUGCAGCUGCAGCAGUACUUCCUGCGGAUCCGUGAUGAUCUCAACGUCACGCGGCUCUCCCACUUCGACUACGUCAAGAAUGAAGACCUGGAGAAGAUCGGCAUGGGACGCCCGGGUCAGAGGAGGCUUUGGGAGGCCGUCAAGAGGAGGAGAGCCCUUUAUAAACGCAAGUCCUGGAUGAGCAAGGUGUUUCCGGUUAAACGACCCGAUGCCGACUCCCAGCAGCCUCUCCCUCAGGGGGCGUCGUCCAGCUCAGCACCAGCCAACAGCGAGCCGGGAGCCUCGCUCACCUGCCUUAUCAGAGAGACGGAGCUGCAGCUGUUUGAGCGUCUGGGAGAUGGCACGUUCGGGGUGGUGCGGAGAGGAGAGUGGACCGGACCCAACGGCAGAGUGUUGUCAGUGGCAGUGAAGUGUCUGAAGGCUGCCGUGUUGGAAUCCGACGGUCUGGAUGAUUUCAUCAGAGAGGUGAACGCCAUGCACUCACUGAGCCACCAGAACCUCAUCCGGCUGUACGGCGUCGUCCUAACACAGCCCAUGAAGAUGGUGACUGAGUUGGCACCUCUGGGCUCCCUGUUGGAUCGUCUGAGAAAGCGUCAGGGUCACAUCCUCAUCUCCUUUUUGUGUAACUACGCUGUGCAGGUGGCAUGUGGCAUGGCCUACCUGGAGCAGAGACGUUUCCUCCACAGGGACCUGGCCGCCCGCAACGUUCUGCUGUCCACCAAUGACACGGUGAAGAUUGGAGACUUUGGCCUAAUGAGGGCGCUGCCAACGCACACUGACCAAUACAUCAUGGAGGAGGGACAUAAAAUCCCUUUCCCAUGGUGUGCUCCGGAGUCUCUGAAGUCUCGUACUUUCUCACAUGCAUCCGAUACCUGGAUGUUUGGGGUCACUCUGUGGGAGAUGUUCACCCACGGACAGGAGCCGUGGCUGGGCCUUAAUGGGAGCCAGAUCCUGCACAAGGUGGACGUGGAGGCUGAGAGGCUGUGUAAACCAGACGACUGUCCUCAGGAUAUUUACAACGUCAUGCUGCAGUGCUGGAGCCCCAAACCUGAGGACAGACCCACCUUCAUCGCCCUUAGAGACUUCCUGCUUGAGACCAUGCCGACAGACAUGAGAGCGCUGCAGGACUUUGAGGAGGAAGACAAGCUGCAGAUUAAAAUGAACGACGUCAUCACCAUCAUAGAGGGAAGGGCAGAGCACUACUGGUGGCGAGGUCAGAACAGGGGGACGCUGCGUGUCGGUCAGUUUCCUCGACACGUGGUGACGUCUGUCGCCGGUCUAUCUGCCCAGGACAUCAGCCGGCCCCUCAAACACUCUUUCAUCCACACUGGACACGGAGACACGGACCCUCACAGGAGCUGGGGACACGCAGACCGCAUAGACAGUCUGUAUUUGGGGAACCCCAUGGACCCUCCUGAUGUCCUAGGGAUGGACUCGGGCACUGCAAGACCGACCAAACUCCCCAACCGUUCCAAGAAGCAACCACCGCCUCGUCCACCCCAACCUGCCAUUCUGCUGAAGAAGCCGUUCUACGACUCUGUGAUGGACGAUUACGACGACGAUGACGACACCAGCGCCUCGUCAGGGCUGAAGAGGCUGGGAGUGUCGCUGGGGCUGAAGCUGCGACCGUGGGAAGGGUCCGGCGUGCGCUCAGCCAAAAGCGAGGUGUCGCUCAUUGACUUCACUGACGACAGCUUCAGCUCGACCACGCCCUCGCCGCUCACUGAGACGCGGCAGCCGGAUGAGGACACACUGAAGGACACCCCAUCCAUCCUGGACUGGCCUCUCCCUCAGCCAUCUUACGACGAGGUUGCACCGGAGCUCGAGGACCAAUCAGAGGACCUGGAGGUGCGAUCUAUCAACAAGGGAUUCACUGAAGAGGCUGUAACCACGCCCAGCAGCGCUAUGGCGGGCAGGAGCGAGUCGCAGUCAGCUGACCUCUUCCAAGAACUACAGAGAGAGGUGAUGGUGAAGCUGCAGGUUCCCAUGGCAACAGGCCGCUCCCUCCCCUCCUCCCCGCUCCCUAUACCCCUGGCUCCGCUGGGCCCCCACAGACAGAUCCUCCUACCUCCACCCUCCCCCUCCUCCACCUCUACCUCCUCUUUCCCCUGCUGCUUCGAGGACCGGCCGGUGCUGCCUCCUCGCAGCCCCGUCCCCCCGCUGCGUCCCUCCAAGCGCAACCUCUCCACCCGCACCACCCACCCACAGGCCCGCUCCAGCUCCAUCUCUCUGGGCGAUGAGGACGAUACACCUCCUCAGAUCCCACCCAGAGACCACGCCUUCUCUCAGCCGGGCUCCCGCUCCUCCUCUCCCCUUCCACUGGUGCCGCCGCUAUCCUCCUACCCUGUUGUCCUGCCUCCUCCUCCGCUCUCUGUCUCCCCACGCCGAGCGUCUGGACUCCUGGGCCCCCUUCUGUCCUCCAACUCGACAUCUUUGUCCUCCCCGGCUCAAGCCACAUCACAAUCCUCCCAGCUCUCAGCUCGUGGUUCAUCCUACGCAUCCAGCUCCUUACUGGAUCCUCUCGCCUUUCGUGAGGGGCGUACCCUUUCCUCACUGAUUGACAGCUCCCCAAGCUCCGCUCCCGCACCGCUGCCAGAGCGACCAGCUUUUCUAGAAAGAUACGGAGCAGCCAAUAUGGCGGCAGUGAAACCCAUGAUUCAGCAUCCCGGCGGAGCCAAACCAAACUCCUCCUACAACAACAACAACGGAGGACCUGCAGCUCCCAUCAUGCAACACGAGCAGAGCGUCACACAGGUCCAGGGAGCAGUACACGGUGUCACGCUGGAGGAAUGUCAGGCCGCUCUGCAGAGUCACAACUGGAGUAUCCCUCAGGCCAUUAAUCAUUUGAAGGUGGAGCAGUUGUUUCGUCUGGGCCUGCGAUCUAGAGCCGAGUGUGAAGAGCUUCUGCAGCGCUGCCAGAUGAACCUGGAACAGGCCAGCACGCUCAUGCUGGACACAUAUGGACCACAUCGAAAAAGGAAGUGACAACAGGAAGACAUAACUGAGCGGUAAUCAACCACUUACGAGCUCCUGAUGUCAGUCGGAUCAACACGCCAAUACUGAACUGCUCGGAUGACUCACCGUUCCGAGCACUCAAGACACACUGAUGCUUUUUGAUGAAAGGAGGAACAUAAAGCAGUACAUGUGCCUCACUUAAUGUACUGUGAACACCUACUUUACCUGUCAUACACAUGCAUGCUCAUUAUUACCUAACAGAACAGAACAGAGCAGCUUGUUGAAUGAGUCACACUUUUUACUUGAAAAGUUGCUAUUUAUGUUGUUUUACUACAUGAGUUAAUGACAAGUUUCUGCUGGUAGCUAUAAUGCAAACUUGUACUGCGUUUGUGUCUGCUGUGAAUGCGUGCAUGUUCAGGUGUGUGUGUGUGUGUACACGCAUAAGCUUACAUAUAUGUACAAACACUGUAAAUGCCCAUGCCUUUCUGCUGUUAAUGAAGCAUUAUAAAUCAGGGAAAUGUCAGCUAAUGAUAUAGUUGUAUGUUUUUAUGAACUGCUAAGAUGCUGUAUUGUAUAUAGCACUUUACUGCGUGUGUGGACACACACAUGGAUAUUUUUGAGGACACAUUAACUGCUGGUCAGAAUCAGAUUUAUCUAGUUAGUGAAGUGAAUAAGAUGCUGAUGUGUAAUGAUAGCAUGUCAGGUACUAUUAAUGCAUUAUUUGUGUUGUAAACAAAGCUUUUUAGGCGUUACAAAGGCAGGAAUUUUAGAUCUUAUUGUAGGCAAUAAGACGCCAGAACAGAAAUGUGAAGAUAUCUACCAUCUCCUUAUGAAUACAGGGUAUGAGGCACCAAGUCGAACCUCCACAAGUUACAUAUUUAAAGAACCUGAAGUGGAUGUUUUUUAUCUCUUCUUAUCAAACUGACUGCUGCAUGAUAAUCAAACACAUGCGGGAGAGCUUAACUGUCAAAGGCAACUGCUGUGUGUGAGUGUGCGCAUGUGUGCUUAGUGCUGCAGGUUGUGACAGCAGCUGACGUCCAACUUUAUAGUGUGUGUGCGCAGCUAUUGAUCAUAAUAUGUGAUCUAAUAAUGAGCAGCUAAACAAGAUAGGAAUGGAUAACAAGUUGCCCAUUCUUGCAGCUAAUUUGCAUCUAAGAGAACAUUAGUUCUGUUUCACACAAGCAGAGCCCCCUACUGGACUCUAUGAGUAAUACUUUCCUCCAAUCACAAGUAUGCAUUUGCCCACUGUAAUUUGCAUAAAUGUAGUCAACCAAACAGGACAUGCCUACCCAAAUACUUCAGGAGCCCACAGAAUAUAUGGCAGCUGUAUUAUGGCAACAACAUCCUUUUUCUCUUCGGGGUGGCAAUUGCACACUGAUCAGCUUUUGACACCUGUAAAGUUAGACCAUGGCCCCACACAGCUCUGUGGCAUACUACCUGGGUUGGCUGGAGCCCCUGCUUGUCCACUGCGCCAGUUUCGGUUAUAAAGAAGUAGGAGGGCUACGGCGACUAACCUUUAACCGGUUAGGAUCGGUGUGGCUGGGUUGAUGUUACGUCGCGACAAGGUGUUCAAUCAUUGGGUUCCACCCACUGUACCCAAACAGUCCAGUAGGGGGCGGAGCCUGUGUUAGGGAGAACGCAGGUUACGAUAUUGAAACCCUAGUUCUGUUAGCACAGGCAGAGCCCUCUAUCUAGGGGCCCUAUCACUCCUGCGCUGCUUGGUGAAGAUGUAGAAUGCUGAUGCCUUCAUACGUCUCCUAUAUACUUCGGGUCUCUCAUGUAUGCAGGUCGGCAUGUCCUGCUUGGCAGGCUAUGUUUAUGCAAAUUCCAGUGGGCAACUCCAUGCUUGUUACUGGAGGAAAGUAUUACCAUAGAGUCCAGUAGAGGGCUCUGCCUGUGUUAAUAGAACUAGGGUUAUAAUAUUGUAACCUUUGUUACAGGUUGCUCACUUUGUCCAUACAAUUCAUACAAUUGAAUUAGAAAAGUCAGACAUAGUUGUGGCAAAAAUGUUAAACUUGUUUUUGUAUGUCUGUGUGUGUAUGUGUGAGAUAUCGUUCCCUCUAUGCUCAGUUGUAAGCUCUUGUAGUCACUCUGCUGUAUGUGUUGCUGACUGCAUUAUACUGUAAUAUUAUAGCCGCUUAUUAAUGAAAAAUGCAUAUAAGGCCUCUAAGGUUUUUUAAUAAAGAUUAAAAUUUGAGU